AUGCUGGCUCAUAGCACUAAUUCCCCUUCUGGCUCCGCUUGGCAACAGAAAGGCUGUUCAGUAUGCUCGACGCGCAUGUCCCCAACGACGUACGGCCCUCUGCCGCCGGUUACCGAUCGCAACUAUGCACCUCGCGUAGGAGAAAUCUGGUGCAUCGAAGAGUCCAUCUUCUCCCCGGUCGCGAACCUGCUUGGCCAAACGAUGCCGGCCAUCAUGGCGUCCUCUGUCACUUCUUUCUCAGACGACCGCGCUUCGAAACCUCGUCCCUGCCUCAUAUACCAGCAAUCCAGCAAGAACCAGGGGUCAUAUCUUGUCUAUCUCUUUGGCACCUUCAAUGGCGGGCACAUAGAGCACCUGCCUCACGCAUUACAGUUCUUCCUGGCGCAGGUCGAUCCUCAGUUUUCUAAGCGCCACCCUAAGGAUUUCAAUCGGAAGCGUUUACCAUGCAUGCACGCGUCUCCGAGCUGGAAGCAUCACCCACAAUUCGUCGUCGCGCUUCCUCACUGGACAGAGCCUGGGUUCGGUAAACGGAGGACACUGAAUCAUCUGGAUCGCAUUUGGACGGACUGCAAAGAUUGCGCGCACACGCGGGACAAGAAGCCCUGGGCCAAGAAGGAUGAUUGCCCGACAUUCCAAUUCUGUGAAUCGCAACGGAUGGCUCUCAGUGAUCUGGGCGUGCGCAAGACUCAGCAGUGGCAGCGCAAGUCGGACGCAGAGAUGACACUGAUGACGAACGCAUUCCGAACAGCUCUGGAGGCAAAGAUACAAGCAAGGGCUCGCGACAACGAGUCCGUGCGCUCAUUUGGCUCCGCCGGCUCCGACAUGGCAUCCCAGUACAGUGGGAUGACAGGUUUCACGAUGCCAGGUCCCUCCAAGUUACGCGACUCCAUCAUCGCGGAAGAGUCCAUGGUACCAGCGCAAGAGGAAGCCGUGCCCGCGAUCUCCCGCCAGCCCAGUCUCUCAGAGUCUUCGAGUGGAGAGAGCGAGUCAGAGCCGGAGACGCCCGCCCUUCUUCACGCCGAGCUUCCGUCUCCCAUCAUCGUCGGCAUCGAGCGCCUUACCCUCGACUCAGAGUCCCAACCCGAAUUCGCCGAUGCACCCACGCCGAAGCAUAAGACGUUCGGCCGACGCCCUGCUGUACCUCGCUCGCCGACUGGAAGCACUCGUUCGUUUCCGCGUUCGCUCCUUGAUCGCGCUCUUCGGUCUACGAAGAACCAGGCCGCCCCGGCGAAGUUUGCAGAGGAAUGGCCGUCGCUGCCUACGUCACCGACCACACCGACCAAUGGCUCUUGGCGCCAUCGUCGGCGUGACAGUCGUGCUAGCAAGGCGAGCACGACUAGAGGCAUUUGA